AUGGGUUUAGUUUGUUCAAAUAGAAGAAAAAUCAAUUUGUUGAUUUAAGAAAAUGAUAAAUCCAAUCAUUCUUAAUUGCUAUUACCUACUUCUUUUAAAUAAGAAUUGAAGCAUUAGAGAGAUUCGACAAUCGAAUUUUUACUGUAACAAAUUGAACUGAUUGAUACACAAUAUGCUUUUUCUUAGGCUUUAUUAUAAAAUUUGAAUGAGUUGAUAAUAAGACGGUCAAACAUUUUAUUUUUGAGAAAUCAAUAAAUGUCUACAAUUAAUGAUCAUCUUGGAUAUUGUGUUUUAAUAAUAAAACAACUUUAAGGGAAUGAGGAAUUUGAACAUUUCUUUCCUAUACUAUCUUAUUGUUUUUAUGAACAAUGUUCAAAAUUAGAGAUUUAUUUAAAGAAAUAAAACGAAUCUACAAGAUAUUGCUCUUUAUAGAGGAUAUCGUGA